AUGGAAAUUAUUAAGCCACCAGAACAAACUAUUAAGCCACCAGAAAAGACUAUUAAGCCACCAGAACAGGCUAUUAAGCAACCAGAUCAGGCUAUCAAGCCACCAGAAAAGACUAUUAAGCCACCAGAACAGACUAUUAAGCCACCAGAACAGGCUAUCAAGCCACCAGAACAGACUAUUAAGCCACCAGAACAGGCUAUUAAGCCACCUGAACAGACUAUUAAGCCACCAGAACAGACUAUUAAGCCACCAGAACAGGCUAUCAAGCCACCAGAACAGACUAUUAAGCCACCAGAACAGUCUAUUAAGCCACCAGAACAGGCUAUUAAGCCACCUGAACAGACUAUUAAGCCACCAGAACAGACUAUUAAGCCACCAGAACAGACUACAAAGCCACCAGAACAGGCUAUUAGGCAACCAGAAAAGACUAUUAAGCCACCAGAACAGGCUAUUAAGCCACCAGAACAGGCUAUUAAGCCACCAGAACAGACUACAAAGCCACCAGAACAGGCUAUUAGGCAACCAGAAAAGACUAUUAAGCCACCAGAACAGGCUAUUAAGCCACCAGAUCAGGCUAUUAAGCCACCAGAACAGGCUAUUAAGCCACCAGAACAGACUAUUAAGCCACCAGAACAGGCUAUCAAGCCACCAGAACAGACUAUUAAGCCACCAGAACAGUCUAUUAAGCCACCAGAACAGGCUAUUAAGCCACCAGAACAGACUAUUAAGCCACCAGAACAGACUACAAAGCCACCAGAACAGGCUAUUAGGCAACCAGAAAAGACUAUUAAGCCACCAGAACAGGCUAUUAAGCCACCAGAUCAGGCUAUUAAGCCACCAGAACAGGCUAUUAAGCCACCAGAACAGACUAAGGCACCAGAACAGACUAUUAAGCCACCAGAACAGACUAUUAAGCCACCAGAACAAACUAUUAAGCCACCAGAACAGACUAUUAAGCCACCAGAACAGGCUAUUAAGCCACCAGAACAAACUAUUAAGCCACCAGAACAGACUAUCAAGCCACCAGAACAGACUAUUAAGCCACCAGAACAAACUAUUAAGCCACCAGAACAGACUAUUAAGCCACCAGAACAGACUAUUAAGCCACCAGAACAAACUAUUAAGCCACCUGAACAGACUAUUAAGCCACCAGAACAGACUAUUAAGCCACCAGAACAGACUAUUAAGCCACCAGAACAGGCUAUUAAGCCACCAGAAUAGGCUAUUAAGCCACCAGAACAGACUAUUACGCCACGAACAACCACACAUCAAAAACCUUGUCUCAAUACCGAGGA